AGUGAUAACUCUUUCCAACCUUGCAGCUAACUUCUUGACGAAAAUAUUUUGCUGGAGAAAAUUUUGGCGUCGGAAGCUUUAGAAAAUUUAUUUUUUCGUAAUUGUGUGAUGAAAACGAGUGCUACAUCGAAAAAUGCAUAUAAAACAGGUGAUCAUACAGGGCUUCAAAAGUUACCGUGAGCAAACUGUGGUGGAGCCAUUUGACAAAAGGCACAAUGUUGUGGUCGGCCGGAAUGGAUCGGGGAAAAGCAAUUUUUUCUACGCCAUUCAAUUUGUGCUCAGUGAUGAAUUCACCCAUCUUCGACCGGAACAACGACAGGCACUUCUUCACGAAGGCACUGGAGCACGUGCAAUGUCUGCUUAUGUGGAAAUUAUUUUCGAUAACUCCGAUAAUCGCGUACCGAUCGAUAAGGAGGAAAUCUUCCUGCGUCGUGUUAUUGGCGCCAAAAAGGAUCAGUAUUUUCUCAACAAAAAAGUUGUACCUCGGUCAGAGGUGGUGAACCUACUGGAAUCGGCUGGAUUUUCCAACUCAAAUCCGUACUACAUCGUCAAGCAAGGCAAGAUCAACCAAAUGGCAACUGCUCCAGAUUCGCACCGGUUAAAGCUACUGCGGGAAGUGGCCGGAACGCGUGUGUACGAUGAACGGAAGGAAGAGUCUAUGAAUAUUUUGAAAGAAACCGACGGAAAGGUAGAGAAAAUUACCGAGUUCCUGAAAACCAUCGAAGAUAGAUUGAAAACGCUAGAGGAAGAGAAGGAAGAAUUGAAAGAGUACCAAAAAUGGGACAAGGCCCGACGAACUCUGGAAUACAUCAUCCACGAGACGGAACUCAAGGAAAAUAAAAAACAUCUGGAUGAUUUGGAGCAUCAACGGAAAAGCUCGGGUGACAAGCAGAAAAUGUUCGCUCAGGAAAUUCAAACCGCACAGGAGAAAAUUAAAAAUGCCCAAAAGGCAUUGAAAGACGCGAAGAAAGAUGUGACCACGACGAAGGAUGAAAAAUCGGUUCUAACAACAGAACAUCAACAACUGCUCCGCGAGAAAACCAAGUUGGAUUUGACAAUUUCCGAUUUAAGUGACGAAGUGCAGGGGGAUAAUAAGUCAAAAGAACGAGCCGAGCAAGAGUUGAAUCGUUUGAAAAUUACGAUUGCUGAAAAGGAAAGGGAACUGGAAGAAGUUCGGCCCCGAUAUGAAGCUAUGCGUAGGAAGGAGGAGGAAUGCUCAAGAGAGCUAAAUUUGAAGGAACAAAAACGCAAAGAACUCUAUGCGAAGCAAGGCCGAGGAUCACAGUUUUCCUCUCGAGAAGAACGAGACAAAUGGAUCCAGGGUGAACUGAAGUCACUGAAUAAGCAAAUCAAAGACAAAAUCGCUCAUCAGAACAAGCUGCAGGAAGAUCUGAAAAGAGACGCUGCGAAGCAAAAGGACCUUGAGAAGAAAAUUGAAGAGCAUACGGAAUCGUUUGAACAGUUGAGAAUUCAGAUUGAUGAGCACAACAAGCACUAUUACGAGCUCAAGAAGAAGAAAGAUCAUUUUCAAACAAUUCGUAACGACAUUUGGAAAAAGGAAACUCAAGUUACACAGACUCUGUCCGGCAAUAAGGAAGAACUUGCCAAAGCUGAUCAAGCUCUACGAUCAAUGGCAGGUAAGCCUAUUUUAAACGGACGUGACUCUGUGCGGAAGGUGCUGGAAAGUUUCAGUCAAAGGGGUGGACAAUUUGCGGAUAUCGCCCGUUCAUACUACGGUCCCGUGAUCGAGAAUUUCAACUGUGACAAAUCGAUUUACACAGCAGUGGAGGUAACAGCGGGUAAUAGAUUGUUCCACCACAUCGUUGAAUCGGAUCGCGUCGGCACACAGAUUCUCAAGGAAAUGAACAAGCAAAAACUUCCGGGAGAAGUCACAUUUAUGCCCUUGAACCGGCUACAGGUCCGCAUUCACGAUUAUCCGGAGGAUCCCGAUUCGAUUCCGAUGAUUUCCAAACUAAAGUACGAAGAGCAGUACGACAAAGCAUUGCGAUACAUUUUCGGCAAGACACUGAUCUGCCGUAAUCUGGAACGAGCCACCGAAUUGGCCAAGAGCACGGGUUUGGAUUGCGUUACACUGGAGGGUGAUCAGGUCUCGUCGAAGGGAUGUCUCACUGGAGGCUACUUCAACACAUCCAGAUCAAGAUUGGAAAUGCAGAAGAAGCGUUCCGAAUAUCUACAAAUGAUUGAAGAUCUAGAUAAAGAGUUGAGCGGAUUCCGAGUAGAGCUGAAACAGACAGAGUCGAGCAUCAACAGUGUCGUUUCUGAAAUGCAAAAGACCGAAACAAAGCAAGGUAAAUCGAAGGAUGCAUUCGAGAAAAUCCAAGCCGAUAUUCGUUUGAUGAAGGAUGAGUUAACGCGAAUUGAGCGCUUCCGCAAUCCCAAGGAACGUUCGUUGGCACAGUGCAAAGCCAACUUGGAAGCGAUGAACAGCACUAAGGACGGAUUGGAGAACGAGUUGCAUCAAGAGUUGAUGUCGCAGCUUUCAGUUCAGGAUCAGCACGAGGUGGACCAGCUGAAUGAUGAAAUUCGUAAAUUGAAUCAGGAAAACAAGGAAGCUUUCACAGCUCGUAUGAGCUUGGAGGUUACAAAAAAUAAACUGGAGAACUUGUUAACCAACAAUCUGUUCCGUCGUAAGGAUGAAUUGGUGCAGGCGCUGCAAGAAAUUUCUGUAGAGGAUCGUAAAAGACAGCUCACUAACUGUCGUACUGAGCUUACAUCCACCGAAAAGCGAAUAAAAAAGGUAUUGAGCGAUGUAGAUGAGAUUGAUAAAAAGGUGAGUGAAGCGGUUAAACAGCAGAAAGCUUUACAAAAAGAGCUGGAGCUUUGGAUGCAAAAAGAAAAGGAAGCCCAAGAUAAGAUGGAAGAAGAUUCCAAGCGCAUGGAAAAAUGGGCUGCCAAGGAAAACUUGCUGCAUCAGAAAAUAGAAGAAUGCACCGAAAAGAUUGCCAGUCUGGGAGCGUUGCCCCAGGUAGAUCCUUCGUAUCAACGAAUGUCAUUGAAAACGCUUUUCAAGGAACUAGAAAAGGCUAACCACCACCUCAAAAAGUACAACCAUGUGAACAAAAAAGCACUGGAUCAGUUUCUGAGCUUCUCUGAGCAGAAGGAAAAGUUGUACAAACGAAAGGAGGAGCUCGAUAUUGGUGGCGAAAAGAUUCGUGAGCUGAUGCAGAAUCUCGAGAUGCGUAAGGUGGAAGCUAUCCAGUUUACGUUCCGGCAAGUGGCAGCCAAUUUCACGGAGGUGUUUAAAAAACUAGUACCGCAAGGGUCCGGACAUUUGAUUCUCAGGACACAGAAGGACACUGAGGGCAAUGAUAUGGAAAAAGAGGUUGAAACUUCGGAUGAGUUUACCGGUAUUGGGAUUCGGGUAUCUUUCACCGGGGUUGAUGCUGAAAUGCGUGAAAUGAAUCAGUUGUCCGGAGGCCAAAAAUCUCUUGUGGCGCUGGCUCUUAUCUUUGCCAUUCAAAAGUGCGAUCCUGCACCGUUUUAUCUAUUUGAUGAAAUCGACCAGGCACUAGAUGCUCAACAUAGGAAAGCAGUGGCCGAUAUGAUCCAUGAACUAAGCGACAAAGCACAAUUCAUCACAACCACAUUCAGACCGGAACUACUGGAAAACGCUCAUAAAUUCUACGGAGUGCGGUUCCGCAACAAGGUAAGUCAUGUAGAUUGUGUCACUCGCGAAAUUGCUAGAGAUUUUGUGGAAGACGAUACUACCCAUGGUUAAUUUUCAGUUUUGUGUUAGGUGUUCAUUCUAAUUAUGAGUAAUAACAAUAUUUUAGCUCUUA